AUGGAGUCGAAGACGCCUUCAAUCGCGCAGCCUCGCCCCCUACCCGUGAAACGCAGAAAAGCUCAAAGUUCUUCCGAUAGCUUAGGCUCGCGCCCCCGGUUGACCGGCACAGCCUGUUCUGGGUCGCUUUCUUCACAGUCGUCUUCGCUCCCAACCGUCACUUCGUCUUCUCUCACCGUCCUGCCUCUGUCAAGCUGGCCUUUCGUUUCUUUGUCUGAAGCGGCUUCGUCAGCGUCGGCUCCUUUACCCCCGUCGGUUUCCUCGUUGUCGGCGGAUGCACACCUUUCCGCUUCGCUGCCUUCGGGUGUCUCCCCCAGGCAACCGCCUUCAGCGUCCUAUUCCUGUCGCCUGUGUUACGCGUGCCUGCGGGCCAGCCUCCGCAGGCGUCUGGAGGCUGCGGGCUGGCUUGUCGACUCCGGACUCAAGUUCGGCGUCGAUUUCAUCCUUUACUCUCGCUCGAAAGACCACAGUCACGCUGACCUUGGCGUGCUUCUUAUCCCCUACGAACAAGCGACUCAUCUGGCAGCGUCCUCACUCGCCGGCGCCUCCGUCUCUUCGCCGUCAUCUGCAGCCGCUUCAUCGUGGUUUAUCGCGGGCCAAGAGGCUUCCGCUGUUCUGUGCCGCGUCACGUGGCGGGACGUCGUCGCAGCUGCGCGUCUGUGCUUGUCAGUGUCCAAGCGUCUGUUGCUGGCAGUCCCCUUCAUCCCGGCGACCCGCGCCCGCACUGCGAACGACGCCGCGAACCUUUCCUUGUGCAAACAAAGCGAGGGCCCCGCACAGACCAGGACGAGUUCCAACGACACUCUGGGGGAGCCCGGCGAGUCCGUGUUUCUUUACGCCUCGUCUCGCGACUCGUCUCAUAUUUCUAAACCACCCUCUUGGCUCUCCGCUGCGUGCCCAGACUCGGCGCGUACGGCUGCGGCUCCCGCCGUCUCCUCGGAGUCAAGACUCGAGCCUUCGUCUGCCAGCGCGUCGGCUGGAGCGUGUCCCUCCUCGGCGAGGGCGCCUGGAGGCGAAGAACAGUGCGCCUGUCGCUCGUCUGCGCGUGAGGCAGACCGCAAGAAGCGAGCAACACACGAGACCUCGCAACUGAGCCUCGAAGCAGAGAGCGAGACAGACGCAGGAGAAGCACGAAGGGAAGGAGACACAACUAAGGCAGGACUCCAAGAGGGCAUAGAGACGCGCCAGGGCGGAGUGCCGUCCCACAGAAGCACGGACGAAGAGAAUCGGAUGUCGGGCUCGAAGAAUUUGAUUCAGCGCCGCGCGUACCGCGAGCGCACGCAGGACCUCCGUCGUGCGCAGAAGUACCCUUUUUUGGAGAAGAAAAAGGACUGGAAUCUUCGAGCGAUGCGCCACAAGACGCAGCAGCAGCUGGUCGCGCACCUUGCGGAGAAGGCGCGCACAAGGAACGAAGAGGAGUUCUCAUUCCGCAUGCUCAAGGCGAAGCAGGGUGCGCUGCUUGCGUUUGGAGACCCCCAGAACGGCACGAGCGUCGCCCUCGACGAUGGCGCCGAGGACGAUUUAGACGGCGACCACCACCGGAAGCCCAACGGAGAGGAUAGUCGAGACGAAGGGGAAGAAAGUGGUGGGCAAAGUGAAAGCUGCGACGUGUCGAGCGAGGAGGAAAGCGGCGACGGUGAAGACGAAGAGGCAGCAGAGUGUCGGUGGUUAAGUCGAGCCCGGAGUCGUCAACUGAGCGACGAUGCGGCUUCUCUCGCAUACGAGGAGCCACAUUCCAUGGACGGGUUGUCUGAUCUCUCAGGCCCAGCAUACUCAGAAGACGAGGCAGCCGCACGCAGGCACCUUACGCCCAAACAGAAGGGAGCCAAGCGAGUGCAGACGUGGCUAGACGACCUUGAACAGGACACCCAGCACGCGAAGCGCCUCGCGAAACUCGCAGCCAAGUUGCAGUUGAAGAACGAUUUGGCGGGAAAGGGGCGGAGGAAGCUUGUGCGGGAAGGAAGCGGAAAUGUGUUGCCUGUGUAUAAGUGGUCGGCCGAGAGGAAGAAGUAG